AAGCUUGGGCAGCAGGAGCAAUGUGGGAGGAGGGGCAAGAAAGAGCCUCUAGAAAGUGCCAAUUGACUUGGAUGACAGAGCACUGGUCUGGGGGAGGCUCAGAGCUGGUUCCGGCCUCUGCCAGAGUCACAGGACGUCCGCCUGUACCUCUCAGUCUGCGUCCGGUCUGUACUGCCCAGCCAGGAGGACAUGGCCCAACGGUUUCCAAGGCCCCUCGGCUUCAGCAGAGCCCGGAAACCGUCCCAUUCCGGCAACGGACUUCAGCGGGCAGAGCCCUCGGAAACAGAGGACGGUGUGGUUGUGGCGCCUUGGGCCGCCUGAGCUCCUCGGGAAUGAAGGUCUUCGGGGUUAUCGUGGUCUUUGCUUCCUGCUUGAUGGCCCCCACGCACAGCAGCUUCUGGCAGUUUCAAAGGAUGGUCAAGCACAUCACAGGGCGGAGUGCCUUCUUCUCAUAUUAUGGAUAUGGCUGCUACUGCGGGCUUGGGGGCAAGGGGACCCCCGUGGAUAACACUGACAGGUGCUGCCUGGCCCAUGACUGCUGCUACGAGAGGGCGAAGCACCUUGGCUGCCAGCCCGUAUUGAAUGGCUACCAGUUCCGUGUGGUCAACGGGACCGUGGUCUGUGAAUGUGCCCUUGGUCCUGGCGUCAGCUGCCUCUGUGGGCUGCGGGCCUGCGAGUGUGACACUCAGUCUGCCUACUGCUUCAAAGAGAACCUGCCCACCUACGAGAAGAACUUCAAGCAGCUCUCCAGCCGGCCCCACUGCGGCAAGCACAAACUCCAGUGCUAGCGAGGCCACAGGGUCCCUGGUCAGGCCCAGGGUACUCCUUUGUCACUUGGCAUCAGAGGGCUGGAGAUCAAAAGUGCAAAAGACAGAAUCUGGGCCUUCAAUUGAGGGAGACAGACCAUAAAUAUAAAUAAACGAUAUGUUCCAACCACAGUAAGUGCUAAGAAGCUAUAAAACAAAGUGACGAGGUAGAGAGAUGUCCCGUACCCCCAUCCCAGGAAGAUUCCGAAAGGGGAGAUGGCCCUGGCAUCUGCCUUAAGCGCCCCCUUCAUCCCCACCCCAAGAUCGGGAUGCUGGGCAGACUUGGGUACCAGACCCACAUCCCAGAUCCAGCUGGAGCCAAGGUCUUGGGCACAUGCCAAGGCCCCGAGAGGUGCACCUGGACUCUUUUCUCGUUUUGCUGGAGUUCUGCCUUCUGAAAACCUCAAGGUAGGAAAACAUCGGUGCCGUUCUCACCUCUCAGGAGACAGAGCCUGGGAACAUCCACGCCCACGGCUGCCACCGGAUGUCACGGCCAGGAAGACGCCAAGGCAUUGGAGAGAGAGUGGGGGCAGGCGAGUCAGGGGUAUCCAAGGUUGCUGGUCACGUUUAGAAGCCCCUGAUCACGAGGCAUAAAUACUAAUAAAUAUUAAAGUGAACCAGUCUGGGCGGACUCUGAUCAUUCUGACACCCAGCUUGUAGGGGAGAUUGCAAAAAUGACCACAACUGGAGAUUUCCCCGGGAUCCAGUGGUUAAGACUCUGCCUCUCAAUGUGGGGAAUGUGGGUUCGAUCCCUGGUCAGGGAACUAAGAUCCCAAAAGCCACAGGGUAAUUAAGCCCAUGUGCCGCAACUAAGACCGGAGGAAGCCAAAUCGUUAAAAAAUAAUAAUAAAGAAGACUCUGGUUAAAAAAAGCCACCGCUGUUCUCACCUCUCUGUAUCCUCACCUCUCAGUCUGUUGUUCAAUUGCUUAGUUACCUCCGACUCUCUGUGACCCCAUGGGGUGCAGCGUGCCAGGCUUCUUUGUCCUAAUGCUCAGCUUUUCCCAUCAAGAGGUAGAGUCUGUUUCUCCCGCACUGUGAAUCUGAGCUCUGAACUGAUCUUGUGACUUAGUAUGGUCCAUAAAACAUGAUGAAAGCGGUGGUCCACCAGUUCCCCUUCGAGGACUCAGGAUGCCCAGUGCACACCCUCUUUCAGAACUCUGCCACUGCCAAGAGAAAAAGCCCAGGGCAGCCUGCAGGAGGAGGGAGGUCAGGGUCAGGGUCAUCCACCCAGCUGUCUGGGCUGAGACCUCAGACCUAUGAGAGUGCUCGGCAAGGAUCAGCAAAGCCAGCUCACAGAUGACCACAGACCCAGAGAACCUCAGUGAAGCCAAAAGAACCGCCCAGCUGAGCUCUGGCGAA